AUGUAUCCACGAGUUAUACUAAAAGGAACUUUGUAUAAAAAAUCUCAACAAAAACGAAGAACAUCACCUUGCAAUUACAAAGAGAGAUAUUUUGUUUUAAACACAGAGGAUUUGACUUACUCUGAACGUCGCCCAGGGAAAAAGCCAGUUCUUAAAGGGUGCAUUGAACUUUCCCGUAUCAAGUGUGUUGAGAUUGUUCGCAGUGAUCUGCCUAUACCCUGCUCUUACAAGUAUCCUUUCCAGGUUGUCCAUGACAGCUACUACCUUUACGUGUUUGCACCAGACAAUGACUGCAGGUUAAAAUGGGUCAGAGCUCUGAAAGAGGAGACCAAACACAACAAUGUGUUCCUAAAGUACCAUCCUGAUUUCUGGGGAGAUGGAAAGUGGAGAUGUUGUCAGCAGACAGAAAAAAUGGCCGCUGGAUGUAGUGAAUAUUAUCCCACCGGAACUGCAUCCAAGAAACCUCUUCCUCCAACACCAGAUCUACAGCGGCGGUUCUCAGAUCCAGAUGAGAGAAUGGUGGUCGCUCUGAGGGACUUUUAUCCAGAAAAAGAUAGUGAUCUCCCAUUACACAAAGAUGAGGAAUACCUUGUCAUAGACAGCUCAGAGCCCAAUUGGUGGACUGUCCAAGACAAGGAAGGAAAUAUUGGGUGCGUGCCGCGCAUGUAUAUUACAGAGAAAUUUCCCAACAGCUUUGAGAGAUUUGAGUGGUACAACAAAGACAUAACCCGAGCUGAAGCUGAGGAGUUACUGCUUCAGGAGAACAAAGAGGGGGCUUUCAUGGUUCGUGACUCUCGACGUGCUGGACAGUAUACCGUGUCUGUGUUCACCAAAGCCCCAGGAUCAAAUGGGGAAAAGAAUCCAAGGGUGAAGCAUUAUCAGAUCCGAGAAAUAGAGAGUGAAGAUGGCCAGACUAAGUAUUACCUUGCUGAGAAGUACCUGUUCAGCACCAUUCCAGAGCUCAUCCAUUACCACCAGCACAACGCAGCAGGCUUGAUAACCAGACUGAGGCACUGUGUUUCUCGUGACCAUGUGAGGACUCCGAUGAUUAUGGAGCUUUCAUCAGAAAAGUGGGAGUUGGACCUUGAGGAGCUGGUUCUUGGAGAGGAGGUGGGCAGUGGGCAGUUUGGCCUGGUGUGGCAGGGGUAUUGGCGUGAUCUGAAAGUAGCAGUGAAGACAGUUCGUGACUGUGCCAUGUCAGAGGAAGACUUUAAAGAAGAAGCUCAGAUCAUGAUGAAGCUGUCCCACUCAAAACUGGUGCAGCUCUAUGGCAUUUGCACACAGCGAUCGCCCAUAUAUCUGGUCUUUGAAUUCAUGGAGAACGGAUGCCUGACAGACUUCCUGCGUGGCCGAAAAGGCACCCUGUCCCAGGAGAUGUUGUUGGGAAUGUGUCUGGAUGUGAGUGAGGCAAUGGCCUACCUUGAGAGCUCCAACUUCAUCCACAGAGACCUGGCUGCAAGAAACUGUUUGGUGUCAGAAGACUAUGUGGUGAAGGUAUCAGAUUUCGGGAUGACAAGGUUUGUUCUAGAUGAUCAGUACACCAGCUCACAUGGAUCCAAAUUCCCUGUUAAAUGGUCAGCUCCUGAAGUCAUCAGGUACUGCAGGUUCAGCAGCAAGUCUGAUGUUUGGUCAUUUGGCGUGUUUAUGUGGGAGGUGUACAGCGAGGGCCGACUGCCCUACGAAAACCGCACCAAUGGGGAGGUGGUUGAGGCUCUGACGGCUGGAAUGAGGCUACUAAAGCCCAGACUGUCUCCGCAGACUGUGUACCAACUAAUGGAAUGGUGCUGGAAAGAGAAACCUGAGGAUCGUCCCUCUUUCGCUCUGCUUCUCCACGAACUAGCCUGUCUCUCUGAGACCUGA